AUUACAGAAUAUUAUUUAAUAGUUUUGGCCUUAUGCACAAAUACUUUCUAAGAAGUACGAAAAUGGCAAAUAUUAAUAGCAAUGAAACUGCUGUUGAUACAGUGACCUUAGGAGAAAAUGAAUCUCAAAGUUCUUUUGAUUUGACCUUGACUGAGUCACAAGACUCCUAUGAAUCCUAUGAUAGGGUUGAAAUCAAUCUUAAUGAAAAUGUAGUUCACGAAAAAGUAGGCUCUUCUAUCGUAAAUAGAGAAACCCAGCCUAGUUCAGAUAACAGUGAUUUCGACAUGAGAGCAUUUCUGAUGUCAAUGGCACAAGAUAUGAGACAACAAACACAAAAAAUUGAACAAAAGGGGAUAAUUGAGAACAAUUUCAAUCAGAACUCGAAUCACAGACAAUGGUGGGAGUAUGUACAAGUAGACUUGACCAGUUUCUCUCAAUUUAAGGAUAGAUUUAUUGAUCGUAUGUGGUCACCAGCCAUACAAUCUAAAAUCAAGGUUAGGUUAAGUGGUGAAAAAUUCCAACCAGGUAGAGGCCAGAGCCUUACCGAAUAUUUUAUAUCAAGAUACAAUAUUGCAAGGAACUUUGUACCAGCUUUAGAGUCAAGUGUAGUUUUCACAAUGUUGAUAGGACACUUUGAUGAUGUUAUCACCUCAGCGGCAAUAGUGAGAAACGCUAAGGACCCUGAUGCAUUUCUUCAAGUAUUGAAUGACUUUGUUGAUCAAGAACAAUACAGGCCCAGUCCAUCUGCUGCAAAAAAUAUGAAUUGUGAUAAUCAAAUGGAACCAAAUAGGAAUUUGCCUAAAAUGCAAUUUGAAAAUGUAAAUGGGUAUAAUGGACAGUUGAAUUUCAUGAUUCCACCACCAUUCAUUCCGCAACUAUCUAGUGAAGGUUUUCCAAAUGCAAAUCAUAACAGACAACCCUCCUAUUCAAAUAAUAAUUACAGAAAUCAUCGUAAUCAUCCAAAUCAACAAGGAAACCGGAAUCAUAGGAGUAAUUAUAAUGGAGGUCCGAAUUAUGGCCAUGAUUUUAAGCAAAACUAUAAUGGGAACAAGAGUAAUUUCAUGCCCAUGCAUGCCCAUGGACCCCAACAAAAUGUGCAACCAAUGUAUUCACCCACACCAAACUUCUAUCAACAUUCUGGACCGGUAUCUUUCCCAGUGAACAACCAACAGAAUAAUGCUAACAAGAGUUUAAACUAAUAAAGGGGCGGCGAAAAAAAAUUCCUGACUGUCCCGCUGUAAUAGGUUCGCCCAGCUUUGACACCCAUUUAGACAUAAAUAAAAUAGCUAUAGAUUCAUCUUCUAAUGAAGCGGAAAAUCCCAGUUUAAAUGAAAUUAGUAGCCAUCAAGAUAAUCACAUCAGUAAAACAAUAUCAGAAAGAAAUCAUAUGGAUAAAAUGCCUACUAUUUACAAAACUCCAAAAUUCAUGGAUUCUGAUAAACUGGAGCAAUAUCUGUUCAAAAUUCACAAACAAUUUGAAGAUGAAUUCCAAACAGAGAAGACAUUAUUUCAACAGUUUAAUGAUAGGAUAAAUGACCAAGUUGGAGAAGUGUCUCAUUCAGACAGGGAAAAAUCAGAACUGGAAAUUACCUCAAAUGAAAUUAUUGAACAACCACUAAUCACCAAUGAAAACGUUGAUAUUCUUAUACAGGAGCCAAAUGCUGGAGUAAACAAUCCUAUUGAUAAAAUUGUUAUAGAUUCAGUGAAUAAUAUUGCUGAUAAAGACACUGAAGAAGAAAUAGUGAAAAUACAUUGUAUGUUUAGUGAUCUUUUAGAGGAAAAUGAAAAUACUAUUCCUCAAGGAUAUGAAUUAGCUGAGAUUAAGGUUUCCAUUUUCAACAAAGAAUAUAAUUUGAUAAUAGAUAGUGGUUCAGAAGUAAAUGUCAUUAAUGAAAAAUUAGUUCAAGAGAUGAGAGAAGAGGAAGUGAAAUUAAAUCUUGUCCCUGCUCCAAAUGUGAGCAUAGUUGUAGCCACAGGUAAUCGCUCUAGAAAAGUGAGUAAGCAGGUCAUGUUGGAAGUUGUAUUUGAUAAUCUGAAAAUUCCUAUAGUUUUCUUAAUUGUUCCAGACCUAAACGUAGAAGUAUUAGUAGGAUGUGAUUUUCUCAAAGAAGUAGGCGCUGUAGUUGACUUUAAUCAAGAUGCCUUGUUCAUGAAAAACCGUUGCUUUCCUUUCUUAUGUAAGGACACUAUAAAAUAUAAUCGGUUGUUUAAUAUCAAUGUCAAAAAGGAAAUUGAGAGUUUUGAUGAGUUAUGGAAACAGCAGAUAAAUGAUGUCAAAAGAGAACUAAAAAAUGAACCCCUUCAUUUAGUAAAUAAAUUAAUAGACGUUUUUGAGCAAAAUAAGGAUAUAUUUUCCGAUUCUCCUGGAUCAGCAAGGGAUUGUGUUUGUGAAUUAAAAAUAAAAGGCAAUGUACAAUUAAACCGAAAAAGUUACCCAAUUCCAUAUCAAUAUCGUGACGAGGUACGAAAAGAAAUUAAAAAAAUGUUGGACCAAAAAAUAAUAGAACCUGCCAAUUCUCCUUACACUAACCCUAUGGUAGUCGUUAAAAAACCUAACGGUUCUCUGAGAUUAUGUAUUGAUGGCAGACACCUUUCUGCUUACAUUGAGAAAAGUUAUACUGAACCUGAACCCAUUGAAAGUUUAUUAAUUCGAUUUAAUAAGUGUAAUUUCUUGAGCUCAUUAGAUCUUACACAAUCCUACAAUCAAAUCAAACUAGCUGAAGGUAGUAAAAAGUAUCUUGCAUUCAAUGUUUUUGGUCAGAGUUACCAAUAUACUCAUCUGCCAUUUGGACUCACAAUCAGUGGAUCCGAAUUUAUUCGUUGUCUUUAUCAGGUACUUGGUGAUGAUGUCACCCAGUUUCUCAUUGCUUAUGUGGACGACCUUGCUAUAAGUAGCGAAACCUUGGAGCAACACAUAGAAAGGGUCGAGCUUGUAUUAAGAAAAUUGAAAGAUGGUAACCUUAAGUUGAAGCUUAACAAAUCAAAAUUCAUAGCCGAUAAAAUCAAGUAUCUAGGAUUUUUCAUAAGUAAAAAUGGUAUAGAAGUAGAUCAUUCUAAAAUGGAUGCUAUCCAACAGUUUCCUACUCCUACAAAUUUGAAACAAUUACAAACUGGUGAUGUAAAUUUACAUAAGUUUUAUUCAGUUCAUGAUGAUUUAUUAUUUAUUAGGAAAUCGAAAAGAAAUAAAUUUUGGAAAGUCUGUGUUCCCUCUCACCUUUAUGAAGACCUCAUCAUUGAAUUUCAUGAACGCUCAGGUCAUGUAGGCAUAUCCAAAACUAACAGGGCCAUAGAAGAAACAUUUUAUAUCAAGAAUAGCUACCGCCUUGUCACCAAAAUAAUACAAUAUUGUGAGAAAUGUCAAUUGGUAAAAUCCUCUAAUCAAAAGAAAACUCUAGAAAUGCACACCAUCUUGUCAGAUAAGAAAAAUCACAAAGUAUUUGUCGACGUGUAUGGCGAAUUGCCAGGAGGUCGCUACCGAUGGAUGUGCAUAAUACAUGAUGGCUUCACCAAGUUCACCAAAUUGUAUCCAUUAGUCAAAGCAAACGCAGUUAGUUUAGUUAAGGCAGUGAAACAAUAUGUUAGAAACUAUGGAACAUUUGACUCAAUAAUUAGUGACAAUGGUACUUGCUUCCAGAGUAAGACUUGGAAAGACUCUAUGGAUGAGUUAGGGAUCAAGUAUCAUUACAUUUCGAUUUACCACCCUCAGUCUAAUCUUAGCGAGCGACCUCUCAAAGAAGUUAACCGCAUAUUACGUACCUAUGUACCAGAAAAUCAACAUCAUUUAUGGUACAAAUAUUUGAACAAGGUGGAGUAUGUUUUGAACUAUAACUUCCAUGAGGCCACCAAUAAUAUCCCGAUUGAAUUAAUGUUAAAUAAUAAGUUGUCUCACAUUGUGUUCAAAUACAUUAAGUACCCUCUUGAUAACAGAUUUGAAUUAGAAGAGGAGAAUUUACGGAAUAAAAGAAUAUUUUAUCGUAUGAAAAAUCGAGGCACAAUCCGACGAUACAAACAUCAGAUGAACAAUAAGAAACGAGUUGUGUACAAAAUAAAUGAUCUUGUGUUGACAAAUAAUUAUGUAUUAUCUAGUAAAUUUAAAAAGUUUUCGGCCAAGUUGUGCCCAAAAUACAAGGGUCCAUUUUUGAUUUUGAAUGACCUAGGUAAGGGAUGUUUUCAGUUGAAAGAGUUGUCAUCAGGAAAGAUUUCUAAAGUAAAUCAAUUUAUGAUGAAGCCAUUCCGACAAAGGAAUAAUCGAAACAAUUAAUUAAAGGUUGUUAUCAUCUUUCCAUUAAUGUGUCCUAGCUCUUUAUUAUGUAAGUUUUUUAUAGUUGAACAUUGUAUAAAUUGUCACAAGAUUAUGAAUGUAAAAAUAUAUCCUUAAACAUGAAAUAUUCUUACUUAUCAGUAGGAAAACUUGAAUUAUAUUCUCUUGUAUUUGUAUGAAAUUAAUGAAUAACUAUUCAAAAUUAGUCAGCUAUCAAUGGUGUUAUAAUGUCAUGCAACAAUUGUUGAAGUUUUUUUUUAUUAAUAAUAUAUCUCGUGAGAAUCAUAUAAUAUUCAUAAGAACUUACAAAGCAUUUAAAAAAGAAAUUUGCAUGAUUUUUGACUGGUUACAUAUCAAUUUGAUUUCUUAUUUAUUCAGCAUUAAAUUUAGAAUCAAUUGAAAUUAUGUUAGAUGAAGAUCAUUUCAGUGGGGAGUCGAUUGAUACUGUGUUAGUGGCAAUUGUGUAACUUGUUGUGUAUGAUUUGUUGAACAGACAUAAUAGUUGGCUUGUAGUAGAAAUGGAUAUGGUUUACAGUUAUCGCUUAUAGAGGAAGUAAUUUAAUAAUUACUACCUAAAAAAGCAGUAAUGAGUUUUUUUUUUUUUGAGGGCAUAAAUCUUGAUAAAAUAGAUCCUAACCAAAAAAAUGGAGGGUGCUCAUCAUAUUAUUGUGGAUUGAUAAUAAAAAUAUGGAUAGAGAAUAGUUGUGUCAUGUUAAGUAACGUUUGUGCUGGAUAAACACAAAGAGUUGGAUAACACACUAAUAUCAUGUUUUCAAUGAGAUACCAUGACUGUUGAUGAGAUAUUUCUAAUUCAAAAUUGAAAUAAAGUUGAAAUCUUAGAUUGGAGACAACAGUUCUCAGAAUAGUGAAAUGCUGAUUAAUGUUUCAUGAAUAUUUUUUUAUGAAAGGAAUUGAUGUAUGGAUGAAUUUCUAUAGAGGCAGCUAAUAGUUUUUUUUUUCAUAUAUGUUUGCAUUGUGUAGUUGAUUGUUAUAUUAUCAUUAUAAUCUCAAAUUAAAAGAACCCAAGCGAAAAAGGGGAUUGAAUUUUUAGUAAUAUGUACUUUAUAUGUGUUAGAUUAUUAAGCUGUCAGGAUAGAGGUUUAUUGCUGUGUAAGAUUUCUUGUUUUCAUUGAUUGAUUAUAGAUUGUAAUUUCUUGUCGUUGAAAUAAACAAUGAAUCGAUUUUUAUUUCAAGAGAACAUAAUAAAAGUAUAUAUAUAUAUGAUUCAAAAAAUUGUUGAUUCAGUAUUAAUAUGGUAUGCUUCAAAAAUAGAGAUAUGUAACUUAGUAUAUUGAAUGAAAGAUAGCAUUCUUUAUUGGUAAUUCAAAAUUACUUUUUCAUUUAUUGAUUAUGAGUUAAGACCCUAUUUGUCCAUUAUAUUAUAAUAUUAUCCUUAAUGAGUAAGAUUUGUUAUGUUAUCUCAGUUCUUAGCAGUGGAAUUGACUCUUUUCAUUAAUUUCUCCAGUAAUGAUUGUAUCCCUCUGAACAAUUAGUUGAUUUAUUUUCAUGUGUUUGAGCGCAAGUAGUUGAAAUAUUCUUUGAUAACUAAUUUACUAAUCUUUUACAUAUUUUUUCAUCCGUUUCUUAAAUGACUAGAAAAUUACAUACUACAAAUUAAAAUUUGAGUGAAUUAUAAUCAUUUUUUACAUGAAAGUCUGUGAGCUAUUAAAAAUUGUAAUUAAAAUUGAAAAUGUUUGAUAAGUUUUUAAAUCAUUUAUGAUUUGAAUUUCAAUUGUAAUUAAAUUUUUUGUUCGGAUAGAGGGGAAUUUGUAAUGUUACACAUUUCAAAAUAGGCGCUCAAAAUAGAUUAUGAUUCAAAAUAGGCGCUCAUACCCAUUAUUGAUAAUAAAUUAUAAAUGAAUAAAUUAUAAUUAAAUAAAUCUGUUUCAAAUUUAGAAA